CAAGGGCAGACGAAGGAUUGUGUGUGCAGUGAACAGGGCAGAGCAGAAAUAAACCGGCUGUUGGAGGAGAACAGACUGCUUCGAGCACAGUUGCAAAAGACAGAGCUGAAUGAAACUUUCUUAAAGGAUGAUACCGAAAAAGUAAGAUAUUACACAGGACUACAUUGCUAUGCUGUGUUAAUGUCCCUCUUCAGCACUGUGAAAGAUUUCCUGCCAAUAUCGAAGAAACUGACAGGUUUCCAAAUGCUCUUACUCACACUAAUGCGUCUGAGACUUGAUCUUCCAGUCCAGCAUCUUUGUCAUCUAUUCGAUGUGUCCCACAAAACACUGUCUUCUGUCUUCGCCGAUACCAUUGAUGUUUUGUAUGCCCACGUAGGAGCACUGGUGCACUGGCCUGAGAGGCACUGUCUGCAGGCCACAAUGCCUCCACAGUUUACUGAAGCUUUUGGAAAACGAGUAUCCAUCAUUGUUGACUGUUUUGAGAUUCGAACAGAAAGACCAUCUAAUUUAAAGGCACGCGCACAAACAUACUCUCAUUACAAGGGUACACACACCAUAAAAUACCUCAUCGGGAUUACACCCCAUGGAGCUAUUUCUUUCAUUUCCAGGGGAUGGGGCGGUCGUGCAUCAGAUAAACACAUCACAGAGAGAUGUGGCAUUCUUCAAAAGCUGUUACCAGGGGACGUAGUAUUGGCUGACAGAGGCUUUGACAUCAGAGAUGCUGUAGGAAUGAUGUGUGCGGAGGUCAAGAUUCCAGCUUUCACAAAAGGCUACUGUCAACUUGAUGCAAGGGACGUUGAACAAACGAGAGCAAUUGCCCACCUGAGAAUUCAUGUUGAGCGAGUAAUAGGUAGUUUGCGCAACAAAUUCAAAAUGUUACACACUACAAUGCCAAUCCGAUUACUCUUAUCAUGUGAGGGUGAAGACACAACACUUCUUGAUAAGAUCGUAAAGGUUUGCUGUGUUUUUGUUAAUAUGUGCCCCAGUGUUGUUGUCAAACCAGGGCCAAAUGACACUUGCUCCUGUUGAGUAUUGUUAAAGCUGUUGUUUUGAAUGUACAGUACAUU